GGCAGAUUUGAGCGGUUUCUCCUGUUACUUGGGAAACCAGGAAAGUUACCAUGUCCCAGCAAGGGGCCGCGCUACAGAGCUACAACAACGAGCUGGUGAAAUGUGAGUGGGAGCCAGGGGAGGCAAGGUGCUGGGGUACUGGUGGGAUCGAGUUGCCAGGUAUUGAGGAUUUGUGUACAAAACGGGAAGAGCUGAACCAACAAAUCCUACAAGAAGAGGAAGAGAAGAACAAGUUGCAGAAUGAUAUUCGCAUUUUGACAGAGAAACUUGCCAAAGUCAACGAGAGUCUGGCACGCAAAAUGGCAACCCGAAAUGAAUUUGAUAGAACUAUUGCAGAGACUGAAGCUGCUUAUAUGAAGAUCCUUGAAAGUUCACAGACACUGCUGACUGUUCUGAAGCGAGAAGCAGGGACCCUGAAUCAAGUCCAUGAAAGUAGCGACACCAAGGACUCCUGACCUUUUUUAAAAUCACUUGGCUUCAGAGGAGCAGUUAGCAUGAAGAGAUGGAGUCUGAGAUGGUUUCUCACUGUUACAUAGUAAAUGACUAAUUCUGGAUCACAUUUAAACAAUUUCACAUUCUAGUAACAUUGAUCACUAAGCUUGAAUUUAUUUUAUUUUGUAAUAAAAUUUUUUAAAUAUGACCAACUAGGUUACCUUUGUUAUAUUAUUGGAGGAUGAGUGGUAAACCUACCAGCAAUGGACUGAUUUUCCUGUCUUGUACUGUUAUGAGGGAGGGUAGCCCCCACAUCUCUAGAAGUCAUUGUAACUUUUCAUUUUUCUGUAUUUUAGAUUGUGGAUUGGAAUGAGAAAUAAACUGUUUAAAAAGCAAACAA